AUGGGUCAUCGUAAAUUCUUAGAUAGUAAGCAUAAAUUUAGAAAGCAAGCCCAAUUCUUUGAUGGCACCGAAGAAUAUGGAAAGCGACCACCUUUGCAAACUGGGGAUAUGAUUGUGAGUGAAUUGGGAGACUUGCAAAUUAAAUUUGGAAAACUUGUGAAAGGUAAUCCGAAGCUGCCUUUUAAUUGGAAAAAGAUAAGUAUUUUCUUUGACUUGCCAUAUUGGAAAGAUAAUGUCUUAAGACACAAUCUUGACUUCAUGCACAUUGAGAAGAAUGUUUGUGAAAACAUUUGGGGGACAUUGCUGGAUAUUGAGGAUAAAACAAAGGACCAUUAUAAUUCCCUCCGUGAUUUGAGAGAAAUGGGAAUAAGAAAAGAGCUGCAUCCCAUUGAGACAGAACCUGGAAAGGUGUACUUACCUCCAUCUUCCUUUGCAAUGGAUAAAAAACAGAAAACUAUGUUUUGCAAUGUGCUAAAAAAGGUGAAAGUUCCAGAUGGUUAUGCAGCUAACGUCUCAAGAUGCGUUCGAGUAAAACCACCAAGAAUUUCGGGGCUUAAAAGUCAUGAUAAUAAUAUCCUAAUGCAGCAAUUGAUGCCUAUAGCUUUGAGAAAGACUUUGCCAAAAUCUGUGCGCUAUCCUUUGAUUCGAUUGAGUAGAUACUUCAGGCAACUUUGUUCUAAAGUUAUUUGUCCUCAAGAUGUGGUUCAUUUGGAAAGUGAAAUUGCCGUUAUACUCUGCGAUCUUGAGAAAUGCUUUCCACCAACCUUCUUCGAUGUCAUGGUGCAUUUAGUUGUUCAUUUGGCAACUGAAGUGAAAUUAGGUGGGCCGGUGUAUUAUCGUUGGAUGUAUCAUGUUGAGAGGUACCUAGGAACAUUAAAAUCUUAUGUUCAAAAUAAAAGUAGGCCUGAAGGUUCGAUUGCUCAAGGCUACUUGGCAGAAAAAUGCAUUAACUUUUGCUCAUUGUAUCUUGCGGACUAUGUUGAGACAAAAUUCAAUCGUUCAAGCAGAAAUGAAGAAGUACGUAAGGAAAUUGAAGAUGGUUUAGAUAUAUUCUCUGAAUCAGGACAUCCUUUGGGGAGGGGCAAGCCAACAGUCUUUGAUGCUCAUAUCUUGAGUAAAGCGCAUCAGUAUAUUUUAUUUAACUGUGAUGCUAUCACACCUUACAUAGAGCAGCAUCGUAGGUUGAUAAAAGAAGCUCAUCCUCAAGUUGCACAGCAUCUAAAAGAGCGGUUGCACGACAAAAAUUUUGCUUGUUGGUUUGCUGAACAUAUUGACAAGUUAGAACUUCCUCAAAAUGUUUCGGUGUUGAGAGACUUGAGGUUCCUUGCUAAAGGUCCAGAUGUUGUUGGAAUCAAACAUGACAAUUUUGCAAGUGUAAGGGAUCAAAAUUCAGUUUUGAGUGAACUAGUUUACUUUGGCGUCUUGAAAAAUAUAAUUCAAUUAAUUUACGGAGGUCGUCGGGUGGUGUUAUUCGAAUGUGAUUGGAUAUCGAAUGGUUCGAGAAUGAAACAAGAUGCUGAUGGGUUUACUGUAGUCAAUUUUGCAAAUGUGAGGCCUCAUGUUGAGCCAUUUAUACUCACUUCACAAGCAUCACAGGUUUUUUAUGUGGAGGAUCCAACUGAUAAGGAUUGGCAAGUUGUUAUCUCUACCACUGCAAGAGCUGGAUAUAACAUGGGGACAACCAUGGAUGUUGAGACAUAUUUGCAAAGUGAUGUAGGCAAUCCUGCUGUUGAGAAUGAAAAUGAGGAAAUCAGUUGGGUUCGUGAGGAUGGACUUGGGAUUGAAGUUGAUUUGAGCCAAUAUAAUCUGAUUUAG